UUAUGGCCACCUCUCGUUGUGGGUGUUGUUGUCCCCUCCGAAGAAAUAGACACUAUUCUCGCUUCGAUUGUGACGACGAAGAGACCCCACUCUUGUCCAGCGGAGAGUCAGACCACCAUGGGGACGUGCAAUCAAGUAGCAAUAAAGAUUAUGAAAGUCUGGAUUAUAAUGAUAAGCUUGUACGCAACCUUCCCUUCGACUUGCUACUACAGGAACAUGAAAGGGACAAGCAUUUCUGGAUCAAGCAGGAGAUUAUGAAAUGGGUGGUCACCUUUAUGAUAGGAGCAGGAACAGGCAUAAUUGCCUUUUUAAUAGACUUCAUAGUGGGAAAGCUGUCUGAAUUAAAGUUUAUGGUGGUUGAAAAAUCCAUUAAUGAGUGUUCAACAGAAGGAUGUCUGGCUAUUUCUCUUCUCUAUCUACUGGCCUUCAAUGUAGGUUUUGUCCUCAUAGCUGCCGUACUCACUGUAAUAGAGCCAAUAGCUGCAGGCUCGGGUAUCCCAGAGAUCAAGUGUUAUUUAAAUGGGAUCAAGAUGCCGAGGGUGGCCAGGAUGAAGACACUGGUGUCUAAGGCAGUCGGAGUGCUCUUCAGUGUGGCUGGAGGUCUGUUUGUUGGCAAGGAAGGUCCUAUGAUCCACAGUGGUGCUAUACUUGGUGCUGGAAUCCCCAUGUUAAGCAGUACAACCUGUAAAUGUGUGGACUGCAGAUAUAAACACUUCAGAACUGACAGAGAUAAAAGAGAUUUUGUGUCAUCAGGAGCAGCAGCAGGUGUGAGUCUCACUUGGCGAUCUUUUUUUUGUGCAAUGUCAGCUACAUACACCCUGAAUUUUUUCCGCUCUGGUGUUGACUCAAAUCAGUGGGGAUACUUCUUCCUGCCGGGACUGGUCAACUUUGGGGUUUUUAAGUGCAAGACAGGUGAUGAGAACUGCUUUCUUUGGACAACGCCAGAUCUUCUCGUGUUUCUUAUCAUGGCUGUUGUUGGUGGCCUUUUGGGGGCGCUGUUCAACCGUAUCAACCAAUCCCUGACUGAGCAGAGGAUGCAGUCUGUGCAGCAGAGAGGCAAAAAGGCCAAGAUCCUGGAAGCUCUGCUGGUGGCCAGUGUCACCACAACCUUGACCUUCAUAGCUGCCAUGACACUAGGGACAUGCAGUCAAAUUAUGAUUCCUAUCACCACCAAUGGCACUAACAGUGGCAGUGAGGGGGUCAGGAAGUUUUUCUGCCCAGACGGGAUGUACAAUGACAUGGCCACGCUGUUCUUUAAUUCAGAGGAGAUUGCAAUCAAGCAGCUUUUUCAUCAAGAUGGACGUUUUGGCAUUUCAACUUUGGGGAUCUUCUUUAUCUUCUUUUUCUUCCUGGCGUGUUGGACGUAUGGCGUGGGGGUGCCCAGUGGUCUGUUUGUUCCCUCACUGCUGUGUGGGGCCUGCUAUGGGAGACUUGUAGCUACUGUCCUGGUAGAUUAUUUCGAAUUUGAACACUCCCACCUUGGCACCUUUGCCUUGGUUGGUGCUGCAGCUUUUCUGGGCGGUGUUGUACGCAUGACAAUCAGUCUGACUGUUAUCAUUAUAGAAGCCACCAAUGAGAUUCAGUACAGUCUGCCCAUAAUGUUGGUCCUUAUGGUAA